UCACCUCAGCUCCGCCGCGUGUGGAGAUGGAGCGCGGUGCCGAUCCGGGGGUCGGCGUGAGGCGGCGGCUCCACAACAUGGCGCGGGCGGAGCCGUUCGCAGCGGUGCUGGGCGCUCUGCGGGGCUGCUACGCCGAGGCCACGCCGCUGGAGGCCUUCGUCCGGCGGCUGCAGGACGGCGGCACGGGGGAGGUCGAGGUGCUGCGAGGCGACGACGCGCAGUGCUACCGGACCUUCGUGUCGCAGUGCGUGGUCUGCGUCCCCCGAGGGGCUCGCCCCAUCCCCCGGCCCAUCUGCUUCCAGCAGUUAUCCAGUCAGAACGAAGUCAUCACAAGGAUCAUACAGAGACUGUGUGAAAAGAAAAAGAAGAACAUCCUUGCCUACGGAUACUCCUUGCUGGAUGAAAACAGUUGUCACUUCAGAGUGUUGCCGUCUUCGUGCAUAUACAGCUAUCUGUCCAAUACUGUGACAGAAACGAUUCGCAUCAGUGGCCUCUGGGAGAUCCUGCUGAGCAGGAUAGGAGACGACGUGAUGAUGUACCUGCUGGAGCACUGUGCUCUCUUCAUGCUGGUUCCCCCAAGUAACUGUUACCAGGUCUGCGGGCAACCAGUUUAUGAACUUAUUUCACGUAACAUAGGGCCGUCCCCAGGGUUUGUUAGACGACGGUACUCAAGGUUUAAGCAUAAUAGCUUGCUUGACUAUGUGCGAAAAAGGCUUGUGUUUCACAGGCACUAUCUUUCUAAGUCACAGUGGUGGAAGUGCAAGCCAAGACAUCAAGGUCAUGUCUCCAGCAGGAGAAAAAGGAGCCAAAGGAUACAAAGCCUAAGGCCUGGUUACCAGUCUUCUGAGAAAAUGGACUUUCAAGCAGGCAGGCGUAUCAGCAUAGUUAAUGCACAUAUGGAAAAACAGAGCUGCUCCAGUUUAUGUUUGCCAAAUAGAGCGCCAUCUUUAAAAAGGAAGCGUGAUGGAGAACAGGUUGAAAUCGCGGCUAAGAGAGUGAAAGUAAUGGAGAAAGAGAUAGAGAAACAGGCUUGUAGUAUCAUUCCUGAUGUAAACCAAAGUAGCUCCCAGAGGCAUAGAACCUGGCAUGUAGCACCACGUGCUGUAGGUCUUAUUAAAGAACGUUACAUUUCUGAAAGAAGUAACAGUGAGAUGUCUGGUCCUUCUGUAGUUCACAGAUCUCACCCUGGGAAGAGGCCUGUGGCAGAUAAAAGCUCUUUUCCACAAGGAGUUCAGGGUAACAAACGCGUAAAGACCGGUGCAGAAAAACGAGUAGAAUCCAAUAGAAGGGGCACAGAGAUGUGUAUAAACCCAACCCAUAAACCCAAUAGAAGGGGUGUAGAGAGGCGUAUAAAUCCAUCCCAUAAACCUGGGUUGAAUUCUGUGCAAACUGAACCGAUGGAAGGUGCUUCUUCAGGGGACAGAAAGCAGGAAAAUCCCCCAGCUCAUUUGGCAAAGCAGUUACCAAAUAGAUUCUUGCGCUCUGCAGUGUACUUUGAGAAGAAAUUCCUGCUGUAUUCCCGCAAUUACCAAGAAUAUUUUCCUAAAUCGUUCAUACUGAGCCGCCUGCAAGAUUGUCAGGCAGGUGGAAGGCGGCUUAUAGAAACUAUAUUCUUAAGCCAAAACCCAGUAAAGGAAAAGCAGAACCAAAGCCUGCCACAGCAAAAGUGGAGAAAGAAGUUGCCCAAACGCUACUGGCAAAUGAGAGAGCUAUUUCAGAAGCUGGUAAAGAACCAUAAGACGUGCCCAUAUUUAGUUUUCUUGAGGAAAAACUGCCCUGUUUUGCUUUCUGAAGCAUGUUUGGAAAAGACGGAGCUGACCUUGCAGGUGGCUCUGCCUGGGGAAGCAAAGGUUCCCAAGCACACAGAACAUGGGAAAGAGUCCACUGAGGGUGCUGCACUGAACAGCUUCCACGCUCCUCCCUCAAUGCCAGUAUGUGGGCAGUCAGAGAGAGGGGAGCAGCACCCCGCAGAGGGCAGUGAUCCGCUCCUCGGGGAGCUGCUCAGGCAGCACAGCAGCCACUGGCAGGUGUAUGGCUUUGUGAGGGAGUGCCUGGAGCGGGUGAUCCCUGCUGAGCUGUGGGGUUCAAGCCAUAACAAAUGCCGGUUCUUAAAAAACGUGAAAGCGUUCAUUUCCAUGGGGAAGUACGAUAAGCUUUCAUUGCAGCAGCUGAUGUGGAAGAUGAGAGUGAAUGACUGCGUAUGGCUUCGUCUAGCCAAAGGUAAUCACUCUGUUCCUGCCUAUGAACAUUGUUACCGUGAAGAAAUAUUGGCAAAAUUCCUAUACUGGCUGAUGGAUUCCUAUGUUAUCGAGUUGCUCAAAUCAUUUUUCUAUAUCACCGAGACCAUGUUCCAGAAAAACACGCUUUUCUACUACCGAAAGUUUAUCUGGGGCAAGGUACAGAACAUCGGAAUUAGAAACCAUUUUGCCAAAGUACAUCUACGUGCUUUAUCUUCAGAGGAGAUGGACGUGAUCCGUCAAAAAAAGUAUUUUCCUAUUGCAUCAAGGCUCCGGUUCAUUCCUAAAAUCAAUGGCUUAAGACCCAUAGUAAGACUAAGCCGUGUUGUUGAAGGACAGAAACUCAGCAAGGAAAGCAGAGAAAAGAAGAUACAGCGCUAUAACACUCAGCUAAAGAAUCUAUUUAGUGUGUUAAAUUAUGAACGAACUGUAAACACCAGUAUCAUUGGCUCUUCAGUGUUCGGGAGAGAUGACAUCUACAGGAAAUGGAAGGAAUUUGUAACAAAGGUUUUUGAAUCAGGUGGUGAAAUGCCUCAUUACUACUUUGUGAAGGGUGAUGUGUCCAGAGCUUUUGAUACCAUUCCUCACAAGAAACUUGUGGAAGUCAUCUCACAGGUCUUGAAACCUGAGAGCCAAACUGUCUAUGGAAUAAGGUGGUAUGCAGUGAUUAUGAUUACCCCAACUGGAAAAGCCAGGAAGCUCUAUAAGAGACACGUUUCUACUUUUGAGGAUUUUAUUCCAGACAUGAAGCAGUUUGUAUCCAAGCUUCAAGAGAGAACUUCAUUACGAAAUGCAAUAGUAGUUGAACAGUGCUUAACUUUUAAUGAGAACAGUUCCACCCUGUUUACUUUCUUUCUUCAAAUGUUACAUAAUAACAUCCUGGAGAUUGGGCACAGGUACUAUAUACAAUGCUCUGGAAUCCCACAGGGCUCCAUUUUGUCAACCUUACUUUGCAGCUUAUGCUAUGGAGACAUGGAGAACAAAUUACUUCCUGGGAUCCAGAAAGAUGGAGUCCUGAUACGUCUUAUUGAUGACUUUUUGCUGGUUACACCACAUUUAAUGCAGGCAAGAACUUUUCUAAGGACUAUAGCAGCAGGUAUUCCUGAGUAUGGCUUUGUAAUAAAUGCCAAGAAGACUGUAGUGAAUUUUCCUGUUGAUGAUAUCCCAGGAUGUUCCAAGUUCAAACAGCUGCCAGAUUGUCGUUUGAUCUCAUGGUGUGGUUUAUUAUUGGAUGUGCAGACACUUGAGGUUUAUUGUGAUUACUCCAGUUAUGCCUUUACUUCUAUCAGAUCAAGUCUUUCCUUCAAUUCAAGUAGAUUAGCUGGGAAAAACAUGAAAUGCAAAUUGACUGCAGUCCUCAAACUGAAAUGCCAUCCUUUGCUUCUUGAUUUAAAGAUCAACAGCCUUAAAACAGUUUUAAUUAACAUCUACAAGAUAUUUUUACUUCAGGCUUACAGGUUCCAUGCCUGUGUUCUUCAGCUUCCGUUCAACCAGAAAGUUAGGAAUAAUCCUUAUUUCUUCCUAAGGAUCAUCUCUGAUACUGCUUCAUGCUGCUAUUAUAUCCUGAAAGCUAAAAAUCCAGGGGUUUCUUUGGGUAGCAAAGAUGCAUCUGGCAUGUUCCCUUCUGAAGCAGCAGAAUGGCUCUGCUACCAUGCCUUCAUUGUCAAACUGUCCAACCACAAAGUUAUUUACAAAUGCUUACUUAAGCCCCUUAAAUUCUAUAAGAUGCAUCUGUUUGGGAAGAUCCCCAAGGAUACAAUGGAACUGCUGAAGACAGUGACGGAACCAUCUCUUUGUCAAGAUUUCAAAACUAUACUGGACUAAGGGAUGAAGGUUUAUUUUGUAAUCCUUCCAGGCUUAAAAAUUAAUGUUAAGUUUUUAGAUUAAUUUUCUCUGUAGUUAAUUUUGGUAGAGUGAACUGAAUGCAUCUUUACUUGAAAGUUUUCUUUGUGUUUUGGUUUUUUUUGGAGAUACAACAUAAUGACUUUAAAAGAAUAGGGUGUUUUGUUAACAUUUUCUGUUUGUCUUUUUCUGUACAUUUGAAGGCUGUUUGAAGCACAACCUCUGAACUUGACUUGAUUUCCUUCAGUAAUUCCUUUCUUCUUGAUGAAGACACACUUAAGCUGUCUGUAUAAACAGAUCAACGUUUUUGCCACGUGUUGUUUCUGAAGAGCUGUUCUUUGAUUGUCUGUUGCAGAUAAUUUUAUAAUAAAUUGUCUACGUAGCUGCAAUAAUGCAUACUUGUCUCCAGUACCUUUAUUUUAAAGUAAGCUACAACCCAAUCCCACCCAACUCUGCAGUGUCUUGAAAGGCACUUAUUGGUACAGGGAAAGUACAUUUCAUGGCUGUGCCCAGCAAUAAGGAUUUUUUUUGCUUUGGAGAACACAGUCAAAAUUUGUAUGCCAAAUCUGAGUAUGUUCAACAUGUUUAAUGUAUUCUGAGAGUUUAUAAGACGUACAGAACAGUGGCAAUGUAUUUAUAACUACAAAAACAAGGGGAAACAGAGUUAAUGAUUAGAUAAUAGAAAAGUAAUCUGCUUGAUGUAUUUGUAUUUCCUGUUCUUUAUUUAGGCUUAUCUUUUGCUCCUUAAUAUUACUGAACUACUGUCUAGCCCUUAUGUUGUCAUGUUGUACAGGACUGAAUUUUGCUCUAUGACUGCUCUGAUAAGCCUGCCCACGUGUCUUUUUUUCUCUAGGCUCACGUGUUGAAUUCACAAUGUAAUGUAGAGCUAUUUUAUUAGAAUAAAUAAAAUCUCUUGGCAGGGAUGAGUUUUAAGCACUUCAAGAACUUCCUGCACUUCUGAGGGAACUUCCUGUGGCUAUUUACUACUUACUCAGUCUGUCUUCAGCUGUGCGUUCCUUCCUAUCUGCUGCUCUUUUCAUCUUCUUUUAUACUAAUAAGAUUUGGUGCAGUUGCAGGUGGUAUGAGUUUUGAUUCUUUACUACUUACUGCAGUGGCUCGGUGUCUUUUGUGUGUUGGGUUGAAGAAGGCCUUGCUGGUGGGUGGCAGUAAGAAUGGAUACGUGUUUAUUUUGUCCUGGUCGCUGUGUUCUGGAUGAACCUCCUGAGAAGGAUGAGUCUAAUGACUUCCUAAGAAUGGAUAAGCACGUCUGCUAUGAAAGAACUGUGCAGGAUAGGGGCUGGGGAAGUCUGAAAAUGAUCUCAGAAGCCAAGAUCCUAUGAUAUGAAUGCAUGCUGAGAGGAUGGGUUCUGUUCUGUGCUGAACAGCACAGCAGACUAAAUGACAUAUAAGCUAACAAGGAAACAUCUCAGUUGAAGGUGUAUUUUGGGGAAAAAUCUGUGGUGUGAUGCAAUUUUCUGAGCUGAUGUUUGCUUUUAUGUGUAACUACUUGCUUAAGUCAUCAGUUUAAAGCAGUAGCUGCUGUUUCUGAAGGCUAUUUGUAAACUAAUGCAAAUACCUCUCAGAUUUCACUUUCUUUUUAAAAUAGCCUGUUUAAGAAGGCCAUUGAAAGCAGGGCUGAAACUAAUUCCAGUUUUCCAUUUGCAGAAUGUGUAAGAUUGUAGACCACAUGGCACUCUGUACUAUACUGGAAACUUGCUGCUACAGCUCAGGAGCGAUGGAGAAAAUGCUGGGAACACAUGUUUAAGGAAUAGAUUUAACCUAACAGUAGCACAGGUUUACUGCACUGGAAUGAUUGGUCCAUACCAUUGAAGGGAAGGUGGAAAUACAGGUUUUCUCUCUCUGUUUUAGGAUAAUUUGGAAGCUUCCUCAUUUCUGGUGCUGUUGCAAUGCUCUUGCUGUGUUUUCGUUUUGGGUUUUCGUUUGGUUUGUAUUAAUAUAUAUUUGAGCUAGUUAUACACAUUUGUAUCUUAGGGUUAGGAAUUCUGUUAUGAACAGGAAGGCAGUGUUCCUGAAGGAGCUGUUUAGCAGAUUUUCUACAUGCCUACUUCAGCUAAACAGUAACUUAACCUUGUGUAUUUUCCUGUUGUGUGAACUGUAGUUACUGGGACUGAAAAGUCUCUUCCUUUUGCCUCCUUUUGCAGACUGAAGCAUAUGUACAGCGAUCCAUGAAGUCUGUCAUCAGGGGAACAAGAAUGAGCAGCUCAGAAAUCAGGGAGGUCAGAAUUUCCAUUGUCUGUGUCAUGACAGUGACUCAAGAUACAUCCACGAGAUGAAAGUCUAUAAAUCUGGACACGGUCUCAUUAUUUUCUCAGCUUGUGUCUACAUUAUUUGACUGUAGUUUUUGUUAUGAACAUGUCUCUGACCAAAUUUUAAGCCUGAUGACAUACCCUGCAUGUAUGAAUUUAAUGAACAUCUAUCUGUAAUCAAAUAUGUGAGUUAUAUUGUACAAUUUAAUUAAAGUUUCUAUUUACGUAGUUAGUUUUUACAUGAAUGUAUGCUCAAAAUUGAAGCAAUUUUUGAGACCAUAAAUAUUUCUUUAUAGAAGUCUUUUAGCUCAUAACCUUUCAAAUUUUUGUGAAGGGUAAUUAAUUAUCCGUUAUGUGCCUAAUUUCCCCAUUUUUUUCCUAUAAUUUUUUGUUUCUAUUUUUGUACUACAACAGGAGGAAUGUCUUGAGCAGCCAAAGGCAACAAUACCUUUAUUGGUGUAACCAGGACUACAAGAGGGGUACAUCCAGGGAUAAGCUAUAGAGCCCAGGAGCAGGAAAGGAGUCAGUGCUGUGCACAUGAGGUUGUCAGGUUCUUCUUUUAGAACAAGUCAUUAUUCCUGUUCCUGCGCACCUUGUCUCACUGACAGAGAGAUAGUGCUUGUAGUAUUGCUUUGAGCUUUUAGUAGUAACCUUAGCAAGCGAGUUGGUUAAACUAGUUGUUAUCAAGUUCCUGGCACAUCUAGUGAGAGUUGGUGUGGUUGGGAAAGGCAUUUGGAUUUGAAAUAGCUUGCCUGGGGAGUCUGGCUCCACUGACAGUGGAUUAAUAUUAAUAUGUGAACAAAAGCUCCCAUGAGCUUCUGGAUCCUCUCAGCAUGGCUCUCUCCGUUAGACUUUGUGGUUUGCUGUCGACUUCCUCACAGAAAUAGCAUGGGCAGUCAGUACGCACGCAAGCAAGUGCUGGGAAAGGAUGUUUACACCCCUCUCCUACCACUGUUUUCAUCUGUUGAGUGGGCCUGUACCCUUCCAUUGUGUCUUGUAGUUGUCAUUUGUCAAGGUCUUGCCUCCAUUGCUGUGACUCUUCAAGGUGUUGCGAAGGAAUUAGAGACAGCUCUGUUUCUGUGCUGCUAGUGAGUCAGCCACAAGUUGGUGUGUUUUGUGGAGAGGAGCAACAUGUCAGUAAGGGGUUUGAGUUGGUCUCAUUCUUUUUCAGCUUUUGUUCAAAUCUCUUUUAUCCCUUACAAAGCUCUGCUAAAUAUGUAGCCUAUCACAAGCCUAGAUACUAAAACCGUAUCCAUUGUUCUUAAACUUCCUAUAUCGUUCUUGGCCCUCUUAAUUAUUCCACCUAAAGCUUUGUCGUGCCUUACCCUCCCAUGCUUUCCCAGUCUUUUUUCAGAGGUUGCUCAAAAGUAUGUCUGCAAAAGGAGCUCUUAUCUGCCAUCAGAAUGGCCAGGAUCUGCAGGCAAGAAGAAGGUAACUUGUUUUUAGGUAAGAAUGUACUUCAUGGUCAUGCUGUGUAAGGUUGCAGCACAAUAAGACGCUUUAAGACAUUUCUGUCACAGUAGUCAUUUAUUACGUUUAAUAUGAGAAAGUAAGGAUUAAUCUUUGGGAAUGUUUGUUCUUGCAGUAUUUUCCACUACAAUAAACCCUGGAAUGUGCUAGCUAGGAUGUUUGUGCAAAAUUCAUUACUCAGCUUUGCUUAAGCAAUGUUCUUUUAACUGCUGAUGCUUUAUUUGUAAUGCUUGAGAUUAGAGAAUAAUCAUAAGGUAACUACUAUUUAAAUGCAUAAAGGGAUUUACAAAACGUAGACUAAGCAAAGAUUCCCCUUCAUGUGCUUUCAUUCCAACUCUUAAGUGGGGGAAUUGGUGAAAGAAAAUGUUGCUGCUUGGGUUUUAAUUUUUAUGGUGUUGACCCUUAGGAAUGGUGUUUAUUUGGAAUAAGUGAAGGAAGACAGAGGACACUUGAAAUAACUGUUGGGCUUUCCAGGUUUAUAGAACCUGGCCACAGGGAGACAUGAAAUUGAUAAUGUAUGAAAAGAACUAGGGCAGUGGAGCUGGUGCUUGUUGGGAGGUAGGACUCAGGACAGAAAGCAGGUGCAACAAGUGCUGUGAAAUUGGUUGCAAAUGUAGCAUCACUGUUAUAGAGUGCUAAUGAUAGGCUGUAUCUGAUAGCAGAACUGCAUUAACCAUACUAGCUGAGUAACACAUCUAAUCAUGUCUAACAAAAGUUGUCAUCUUUACUUACAGACGGAUAGAAUAUUUUUGGGGGAUGACAAAAACUUCUGUUAACCUCUUGACAUGAAAACGUUUCUGGUGGUACAAGGCUUGGGUCCUUGCUUCUGCACAUUCGUUUGAUCAGAUGGAUGAGUGCUACCAGAGGUACAAAUAUACAAGGAAGAGCAGCCAAAAGCACACAGAUGGCCUGUACCCAAGGUGGAUAGACUUUCUGUUCCUUCACAGGGAAGUGUUCCUAUGGAGAUUUAAGAAAAAACCAACAAAAUACCGAAGUGAAAAUAAAUAAAGUGGUUAGGGCACAAUUUUUAUGAGUUCCAUAUAAAUUUAAAGAGAGAAGUUUUAUUUUUCCUCUACAGUAGCAUUCAGUGGCCAUAUUCUCUGGAUACCCUCCUUGUGAGUCUAAAGGUAACUGUAAUUUUUUUUUAAUAGUUUUUCUUUUGUAGAUCUUAUUCCAGUCUCUAUGUAUAUUCACAUUACAGAGGCUGGUAUCGGUCUUUGAGGAUUACUGCAAUCUGUGUGCAGUUUAAGGCCGGAAUUGAUCUCCUGACCCCCUAUACAGGCUCUGUUUGAGAGAGACAUAAGAAGCUGCAACUGAUGUGAGUCAGUGCCAUUUAGAUUGAAUGUUUUCAGCAUCAACAAGGCACAGAGUUAACCAGCACUGCUCUUAGACCACUGCUUCCUUCCCCCCCUUUCUGUCCAAGUUGCACAGUUGUACAUUCAUCAAUGUCCCUGUUACUUCUGACUACACUGUGUGAACAGCAAUGUUUAAAGGAUCUGGUGGGAGAGAAAAGCAUCCAAGCCUCACUUCUAUUAAGUAUUGCAAAUACUAGAGAACAUACAUAUUUGGGGUUCCAGGCUGCAUAGGUUGGAGUCCUCUGUAUCUGGAGAGUAACAAAGGCCACAAAGACGAUCAGCAGGAGCAAAGGGCUUAUAAACCUCCAUGUGAUUUGCCAGUAGAGAUUUAGUUUUCGUCCAGUCAUCCAUUCCACGUCUUUACUGAACCUUGUAAGAGGAGGCAUAUAUAUAGCAAUGUCAGAGAAUAGUGGUAACUGUUUCAUUUUCUCUGUAUUCUUUCUGUAAAUCUUAAAUGUGAUACAGCUUCUGCAAUCUUUUCUACUCCAUGCCUUUCCUUAAUAACUUGCUAUAGGUGUUAAUAAUGUUUGGUACGUUUGUUGAGGACUGGGACAACUUCUGAACUGGAAGGAUCCCAAUUAGGGAAGACAAGCUUAAUCAAAAUGAUAUGAGAUUCCUGGUACUUAAAAUUAAAAUGAUGUAGGAAAGCUUUUAUAUUAAAGCACGAUUUUUAAUUUGCCUGUGACUGAGGAGAUUCUUAACAUGUUGUCUGAGCCUUUUAAUGAGGGAAAGCUACUGUGUGCUGCUUAUCAUAAAUUUUGAUGCUAAACAAACAAACAAAAGUUAAACAAAAAAUGCAAGAAUACAGGAAAUAAAAUGGCAAUAACAGGAUAUUUUGAAGACUGUGCAACUCUUCUUGGCCAAGGAACUACAAUAGGUGUUGGUUUUUCAGCUGCAAGGCUAGAAUUUCCCCUUCUGUAAGUGCCCAGCAGAGAGCAUCCCUCUUAUUUUAAAUAUGUAUGAGACUUGAAGCAAAAUGUGGACAGCAGCAUCACAGAAUUGGAAAGCACUACUGAAGUGUUAGCCUUUUGUAUCUGUGUGUAACAUACAUGGAUUGACAGGAAGAUGCAUUUACCUCUUAAGAGAAAAAAGUUUGCGUUUCCAGCUUACCUUUUAAUUUUAUAGACGUAUGCAACGCCAAUCACCUCAAAGAAAGCAAUGACUAGGAGGGGCAGCGAGCCUGCGUAGCUGUCAAAAAUGUCAAUCCAGUAACUCCCUGAACCCAGUGUAAAACAUAGAGCAAAAAGGAAGGAAGCUAGACAUAUUAUACCUGAAGAAGAAAAGAUACCAUUGUUAGUGGAGGACAGAACAUGAUGAGAUUGUUUUUGUUCUUAAUUGUUUUUAUUUGUGAUUGAGCGACUUUUAUUCUCUCUCCCCUUAUGGACCUAGUUGAUAGCACUUUCCAAACGCAGUCUUCUCCUCUGUGGUGACCAAAAACACCAUUCUUUUGUAUGAGGAAAGCAUUACUGUGACUUAAGUAUAUCCUACAGUUAUUUGAGUUCCAAGCAAGUACUUCAGACUGUGCCUUGCCUUGUGAUAUUUGGAUGUUGCCUAUUGACUGAUGCAGAGAACUUCAGCUGUUUUCAUGUUAAUGCAGUCACUGGUCCACGUGAACAGCUGGGACCUGUGGUGGGAAGGAUACCUCCUUGUGUCCCAAGAUGUUAAGUACAUACAUACAGAUGGUUACCUCAUCAAGCUGUGAACAGAUUUGUUUUUACAUGAAAAGUUGUGGAAAGAGAAGAAUCUAAUUUAGAUGCCACAGGAAGACUGUAGAAAAGGCACGGUAGCAAUAUUAAUUUAAAAUGAUGCAGUGCACAGGUGUUAAUCUAUUACAUGAAACUACAAAAAAAUUUUUAGACCAAUUUCCUAGUAGGAUCCCUCCUAUUAUUCUCUUCUGUUUCAUUUUGCUAAUGCAGGCUUUUACGUUUCAGCAAAGAAAGCCAGAAUGAACAAGUUUGACUCAGAGCCCAGUUCCUGAAGAGCAGGCUGGAUUUGGUGCAAAAACUGCAGCAUAGCACUGGAAAUGGAAGUUUCUCACCUGUCCAAGCAGUCCCAAUAGCCUGUGAUUGCUUUAAAACCCAAAACAGAGAAGACUGGGAUGGAAGCAUAGAGGGAUGUUAUGCUGUUCACAAUUGCUACUGUCACAGCGUCCUUUUCACAGUCAUUUCUAGAAGUAGAAUUCAAAUAAGGAAACUGGAUUAAAACAGCAGCAUCUAUCCACACCCCUGCCAUGAUACAGAAGAGACUUCCACGUUAACAAUUAGUACAGCAGGCAAAAAGUAAAUCUAUACAAAAUAUAUUUGCUGAGCGUAAGAGGGGAAAAAAAUAAAUAAAUGUUGAAGUGGUAAAAUAGAUCACUAAAACCUAUGGGGACAGCAGCUGCUAAGAUCCCUUAGAAGUACGCCACGUUCUGAAAAUUUUAGAAGAUGGCAUGAAGUGCUGCAAGAGUUUAUCCAAGUCAUAAAGGUCACAGUUGCACUUACUUUGAUGGAUUGUAGCUUGAGAACGCAAUAAGCCCUCCAAAAGCCAAAGAAAGAGAGAAGAAAAUCUGGGUGGCUGCAUCAAGCCACACACGGGGAUUUUUCAGGAUGUUCAGCUGAAAUAAUUGGAAUGAAUGCAUUACUUAGGAAUUAAACUUUCUCUCUGUUCUCUCGGCUGCUCUAUUUCAUGCAUAUAAAUUGUGAGUGGUGAUGAUGCCGUCUAUGUGCACUGACAAUGGAAAUUAGUUCAAAAUAUGUCAUUAGAGCAGAUGUUUCUGAAGGCAUAUUAAAAAAAGUGUAUAAAAUAUGUUUCAUUAAUGCAGUGGUGCAGCUCAGAAGAGAUAUCAGAGUAUAGAUAGCGUAAUAUAGGUAUCAGAAGUCUGAUAAUGGAAGUGUUUCUACACAGGCAAUAGGCACACCAUGGAGAUAGUACCUUACAAUUUUCUUCAAUGUGUUUCUUCUUGUUCUUAUACAUACUGAGUAACUUACAGUCUAAGGUUAUUAUCUUCUCAAAACUGCACAAAUGCUUGACCUUUGUCACAUUCUAAACAACAAAACAGCAAAAAAAACAAUGCAGAAAACCACAGAAGCUGCACCCCAUAAAGGCUUGGUAUAAUCCUUUUUCUGCUGCCUGUGAGAGCAUUGUUAUUGUUGGUUUGUUAGCCAAGAACCUUUCCAAAGGUCUCUUUUCCAACUCGUGUGCUGCUUCAUGUACAACACCUGCUUUCCCUCUGAGGGCCUAUAAGCAUAACUUCAGGAUCAUAAUUUUGUUUUCUUGUCUGUUUCACUUUCCAGAUAGCUAAGAGUUUGGCUUCCAUGUAUUUGAAAGUCAAUGAAAAGAAAUGCUCAUUAUAUAUUUCAGAAGAUAAAGAAUGGAAGUGUUAGAUGGAAAAAAGCCAGCUACGCAUUUCUUCAUGAAAAUAAAACCACAGCCUGCUUUAUUUAAGAUUCAUAUGCAUGUAGUUAUUGCUUAUGGAUUUUUCUAAUGAGCACUAGAAACACAGAUGGAAAUGCAGUAGUUGUAUUCUUACUGUCUUAGCAAACCUUGUCUGUCAAAAGCAGACAGUUGUAACAGUAGCAGCCUCUGCACAUGGCAUUGGGGUUGAAACUAGAUGAUCAUUAUGGUCCUUUCAACCCAAGCCAUUCCAUGAUUCUAACAGUAACAACAACUGUUGUAACACAACAGUAACAGUUGUGUUAGUUUAACGAGGCAAUCUGACUUAGAAAUUUCUAUGCAGUAAUAACACUAAUAGUAGAUAUCAUUCAGCAGGCUUUUGCAUCAGUUUGUCCAUGCUUGUUGAUAAGAAUUUAGUUUUAUAGCCAAAAUCAUCCUCAGAUGACUCUUCAAGGACAACUCUGCAAAUUGCUUCCUUAAACAGGUUAAUCAUUAGAUGCAGUUUGGUUGCAGUUGGUCCAAUUCUGACUUCAAUUGACAAGAGAAUUUUUGGGAUGAUAAUUUGUUGUUCUUCAGCACUGCAGUACCACCAGGCUUCAUUAUUCAUACACUGAAUACAUGCAAAUCUAGUUUUUUUGUGUUAAUUUCAUCGUGCAAUGCCUGAGUCUGAAGGUGUGUGAGCUCAUCUAGAGAAACCUGGCAGCCAGGCUGGGCUCAAAUGCCAGCAGGCCAAGUGCUGCUCUGGCUGCAUUGUCCAGAUCUGCUUUCUUCAUCAAAGAAAAUAGGUUUUAAGUUGAUGCAUGUGAACAUGGAAUUGAGGUAUUAGUUGACAUUCAAUUGCUCUGCGGUGAGAAUGCAUUUGUUGUCCUGUCUGAGCUCUACAAAACUGCAUGCCCUUUUCUCCUAUAAAGAUUCAGGCUGUACUUUCUGAUGGUAUUUAAGUAGCUGUCCAUGUCGUUGAGCUUGCAAGGGGAGGGAUAAAAGAGGUGUCAUGUCUGAGCUUUCUCUUACUGCUGUCCCUUUUCAGGUAGGUAGUGUGUCUCUGGGUUUCUUGACUUUUAUUUAUCCAUAAUGUCUGUGUUCCUGAUGCAGACUAAACUGGUUUGCAUUUACAAUCUCUGGAGAGGAUAAAUACCUGUAGACUGUUAAUGCUUUAUACCGUCUCUUGCUUUUCCAGGCAGUUCUGGAGCUGUUAGUAUUUCAGGCCCCUCAACACUUCUGGUAAAUAUUUUUUAAUAAAACGAAGUCAUUCAGAUCAAACAGACAACAUAAUGUGAAUCCCAAAAAGAAGGGGAGAAAAGAAUUGUUAACAAGUGAGAGAGCACUUUGUAGAGAAAUCUAAAGAGGUUUUUUGUUUGAUAUUCUGGGAAACCUGUACGAACAUAUCCAACUUUCAUAAGCUGGUGGGCAGGGAGAGGAGAGAGCAAGGAAGGGAGAUAAAAACUCCCACAUUGGAGGAAGAACAGAACAUUGGUAACCUGAGGGUUAGGAAUGGAAUACACCCUGUGUUUCUGAGCUGUGGCUUGGCAGGCUGAGUUACAGAUGAGACCUCAUCUUACCUUGCCCUCAUGCUGUUUCAGCAUGAAUUGCCACCUCGAUUACUACUUUGCCAUGGGAGAGAGCCAAACAGCUCCUUCCUGCAGCACAGAGCCUGUAAUCACCUGGAUGGCAUUCAGGAUGCUGGUGUUGAUUUAUUCUUACAGCUGGAUUGGUCAAAUACCCAUUCUCCACUGCUGUCUCAUAGGAGUUUGGCAAUUAGUUCUGUGCUUUUCUAUUUUUCAGGUUGAAAAGCAUGUCCAAAGGCAUUUGGGCACCUGGAAUACUGCCAGCGGUGCAAGCCCAUUCCUCUUACACCCUGUAUCCCCGCUGGGUGGGAAAAAGGUCCUGGACUUGCCCCUCUCAAGCAGUUUGUAAUUGUAUAAUAUAACGUAUUAGCUUACCUACAGAGCACGUGGCUUAUCCACGUCUAGGCUUGACAGCCAACAAAUGCCUUCAGAGAAGGAGAGCAGUGCUCCUUUCAGUGAAAUCAGUAUUCCCUUUAGACCUUAACAGAUGGGAAAGCAUGGUGACACCAGACUCCUAAGGGGUCUAAGAACGUCUUCAGUGUCAGUCAGGGCUGUGUAGACAAGCAACACUGAUGGCUUAGCACCUCACCAUUGUAGGUAAUUCAUCAGUGAAUUUUUUCACACUAGUUUUGUCAGUUUUUCCCCCAGAAAAGCAGAAUAUAGGCACAUUCAGUAAGGCAAAAGCUGCCUGUGGGCACUGAGACCACAGAGGAGGGGUAUGGUGGUCACAGGGCAGGUGCUGGGGCCUUGGAGGCCAGCUCUGCAAUUGUGUGCCGCUGGUUGUCCCAAGCUCAGAGGGUGCUCUGUCAGUGGGUGCUGCCUUUCUUCUUUUCAGCUCUCCACUUUAUGGUGUUUUUUAACACUGAGGCAGAGCUGUGAGGAUGCCUGCAGCUCAUAGCAAGCACUUGGCAGUCCAAUUUAACUUUGAGUUUGGGCAGUGUAAAGAGGUCCAUCUGAAAUGGCCAGCAUAUAGAGGGAUCUAAGACUCCUAACCCUGUGAGAAGAUGAGAAAAAAAGAUAAGAAGAGAACCUCACCAUGAAUGCGUAGUGUGAGAUCUGAAGGGAGAAAAAGGAAAAGUAGUGUUUCUGACAAUAGCAAUAAUACUUACAUUAGGGGUGAAAAGGUACACUAGACCUUCGGUGGCUCCUGGUAGACUGAGUCCAUGAAUAAGGAAUAUAGUUAGGACCAGGUAAGGAAAUAUUGCUGUUACAUAAAUUGCCUAGUCAGAAGGUGACAAUUAAGACAGAGUUAUUGACAGUAACAUUAAUGGAUCUUCUUUUAAGUUUUUGCCAUGCGCCAUCCUAAUAACAUUAGAUAAAACAGUUACAAGUGAACGUGAUUUAAAAUUAUAAAUUACUUCAAUAUUAUUUAGUAAUAAUUUAUUAAAAAUUAAAAAAAUAUAUACUCUUAGAACAGUGGGGGGGAGCUACUAGGGCAAGAAGCAUUUGCAAAGGACAAUGAGAGAAGCUGCUGUUACCACUUAGUUGGAGGAGCACACUGAAAUGGGACUGAAGUGGUACAUGGCAGUGAAAUCGAUGAACUCUGGAAUAUGACAUCCAGAGCACAGGAUAAGACCCUGAUCUGUUUAACUUCUCUGUGUCCUUCUCCUACCUUUCCUGUGGUUUCAAUCCCUCGAAUGGUGCAGAGAUACACAAUAGCCCAGCAAGCUGCUAAGCACAAAACGAGCCACCACUGUAACGUGCCACUGUCGGUGACGUCGGGUGUUAUGUUCAAAGUUUUCCUGUACCAAAAAUAAUUGACUGCAGUACUUUCAUAACAUUCUUUGUUGAGCCCUGGAAAAGGAUGUGGCAUGCAUAAGAAUAAGCAUAGAAAUGCGGUACUAUUUUGCCCACUCACUGUAUCACAAGGAAACAAUGCUUUAGGCCUUACUAGUGUUUUUGUGAUGGGUAAUGUGAACCUAAUUGUCUUCUAAUGGUUUCUCUGCCAUCUCAAAAAUUAUUAUUUCUUUUACUUAUUUUAAGCACUUAGUUUUUAUUCUGAAAUCAAAGGAGUCAUAGACUUUCUGGCUUGUUGUAAUAACCAAGGUAUCACUACCCAAUGAAAACACAACCUCACUUAAACCAGUUACUGAAAGAUGUCUUAAAUAUGCUUUGCAAAAUAUGUCAGUGAUCUCACGUGUCUUCAUACAUAGUUUAUGGUGACAGUCAUGAGUGUUUUGAUAAAAGACUGUUUCUCCAUAGUCAGAAAGCAUGGGGUGUUCUUUCAAGUGGUCCCUGUAUCAUGUCAGCCAAACAAUUAAACCAAACUUCCCUUUUCCUUGUAGUCCCCAGGCUCUAAUAUCUGUGAUACUCCAAUUGCAGUGACACUGAAGCAUCAGUUACCUGUUCUGUUUUCAUUUAGAGGGCAGAUGCUCCAUGGAAGGGGUUCCUGGAAAGAGUUGAUGAAGUACCACAUCACCCAGGUUAGAACGGUGUUGUAGUAUAAGCUCACCAGAAUCGACACCAUCAAUGAAGCAACCCCUGCAGAUGAGACGAGAUUUCAGCUUAGAAAAACUGGGAAAAAUUACCGGUCAUAGCACAUGCUCUUAGAAUCACAUCUUCUAAUUUCUCAAGAUCUCAUUUUUCCCCCCACAGAUCUUCACAGGGAUGAUGUGCAGCCUCAGACUCUACCAGCCCUGCUAUAGGAAGGCUGGUGCUCUUCUGCUUUGUGCCCUGGGCUCAGCCUUUUAAACUUGUGGGAGACCCCAUGCCAGCAGGCAGCCAUCUGAGUAAGCAGGUGACAAAAAGACAAGAGCAGGGAUCUGGGGCACCAAAAGCAGGAGCCCAUAGCUAUGCGCCUUUCAUACUCCGCUCCUUAAGCGCUUCGGGGGCAACAUCUGAGGUUGUGCCAGCAUCACUUCAGCUGCAGGGAAGGAAACAAAUUUUCUAUCACUUCACUGAGGUUGUCUAAUAUGAAUAACGUGAGAAACAAAUGCCUCCUUUAAGAGUACUGGCCUGCUGGGCUCAGGGAGCAUACCCAUCUCCUGACCUACUGGUACAUGUGGCUUCACAAUUGAAUAGAGUCCAGGAAAAUUCAUGCUGGAAGGGAUCCCUCUAAAUCUCUAGUUUGAUUGCUUGCUAUGAGGUCAAAGUUAGACAGGGUUUUUAUCCAGUCUGGCUUCCAGAUGGAAAUGACACUUUGCUCAGAGUAGGUGAAGACUGAGCUGCUGGCUCCUGGUUACCAGAAUCUGAGAAGCUAGAAUAGGAAUAGGGCAUGUAGGAGAACCUUAAGCACAGAAUGCUACUCAUCUCAUUAAAAAAAAUAAAAUUGAGACAGACAUUAGAUCUCCCUGAGGUGGUCUCUCUAAAGCACUGGGUUUUGAGUUGUCCUAGUUCCUACAAAACACUUGGGAUGUUACCUGGUCCAGGAAGAGUCUGAGGUUUAAACUACUUACUUAGAAGAUGAAGACUGAGUGCUUUGACAUGGUAUAUAAUUCACUAUUUUUGUUAUUUUUUUUACAAUGUGGCACAACCUUAGGCUCCCAUGUGUCUGGAGCAACAUCUGAUGGGAAUGAUAUCCUGAUGGGCAUCAGGUGCAGCUCUGUAGGAAGUAAGUGCUGAGCAGGAGCCCAACUGUGGUUCCUUCAGCCCAGAUACCUACCAACUCCUCCCAGGUAAGGUGAGAUGGUGUGCCAGGCAUUGAUGCUGCCUUUUCGCAGGUACUGCCCUAGGGCAAGUUCAAGAUGCAGCAGCGGGAUUCCUUCAAAGAUAAGAGCGAUGAAGUAUGGAAUCAGGAAUGCCCCUGAAAACAUAAUUAAGUGCAAUUAAACCACGCUGUUAUCUGCACCUCGUUCAAAUUGCUGUUAUCUCCUCUACUUCAUGACUGUAACAAAGUCCUUGUAGGAAGUGUUGAGAGAGGCAAUGAUGAUGUGGAUGCUUGUUGAGGAACAGCUGCUAAUUGUGGGUGGUUUUGAUGGUGGUAAUGAAGGAGGAAGGGGUAGGACCACUAAUGCUUCAGGGCACAUCCCCUCAGCACUCUGAUAUCUCAUGAACAUAGAAGCUCUAAGGACUCACACCCCUUCCACCAUUUCUCUUUUGUUGCGGGGAUAGCAGCAGAUACUCAAGCCAGGGAGUAUGCAGCUAGAAUCUCUAAAAAUCAAAAAGUUUUUGUGGUUAGCCUUUGUAAAGCAUUGAUAACUACCACAGUUCUUGAAAUGCUGGUGUCAUUCCAUUCUGAUGUCUUUUUACGUGAUCUCUUUUCUGCAGAAUGGUCAGACCAAAGCUGAGGGGCUGCCCUUUCCCACUGGCAAAUUGAGGCUUUGUACUGGAAGCCCCCAGGACACCACAUUUCUGCAUGACGUUCUGCAAUAGCCUGUUGAUGCUGGGUAACUGGAAACAGGCUGAAAACUGUUCUGUGAGCUGUGGGAGCAAUCACUCCUGGUUUCAUCCAGCCUUUCUUCACAGGAGAAGUGCUCCAGUCUUCCCAUCAUCUUUGUGGCCCUCCUGGACCUGCUCCAACAGCUCAAAGGCUUGAAGGGCACAGUCUUUGUGUAGAACCUAUAUGUGGUAGUCUGGAAGAUAAGAGCAUGAACUACAAGAGAGAUGAUCAAGAGGUGCUGAUGGCUGUAUGGCUACACCAGCAAGAAGAAUGCCAAAAAAGCUGAUGAUGAAGAGUCAUCUAAUACUGAGUCACAGCAACCAGCAAGCUGAAGGGAGAAGCAGAGCACUGCAUGAACAAGUAGAGUGGUGGUAACAUCACCUCAAGGAUGCCCUUCCAUUCACCCAACAAGCAAAGAGAAGAGACAAUGUACUCAGAGCAAAUACAGGUAUCAUUAUUGGAUGGCUGUACCUUCAAACAUAAUAAUUCAAACUUAUUCCACAUACCAGAGAAAGAUUUAAUAAUAAAAACUACACACAGCUUGGAGAAGAAAUAAGAGCCAAUGCUCUCUCCUGCUGCCUGGUCUAUGGAAAUACAAUUCCUCUACCCAGAUCAGGACCAUUCCUUGCACCUCUCCUUGGCUACCCUGAUACUGGAAGUGUGUGUAAAGCACUCCAUCCACAAAUCAGCUGUUGACUGGACCAAGGUCAGGCUGGAACGAGCCUGGAAUUAAAAGAUAAUGCCCUCAGAUGUGUGCAGCAUGGAUGCUGGGUCCCAAGGACCAACUGCUUUGCUCCACAGAUCCGUUCUUCCAGGCCUAUACUGCUUCCUCAUGAGGAUGCAGCCAAAGAAACCCCUGAGCUUCUUAGAAUUUUGUGAUUUCUCACAGUGACGGUUCCUUCCAUUUAUCGAGCCCAGAAACAAACCUCACCUCCUGAACUGUUACUGUGUCCUGCUCAACUCCUCAGUGAAAAGAUGGGGCAGGUGAUAAUUGAAUUAAUUGUUCUGUCAAAUAGUGAAAAGUUCUGCUUUUCGCAAAAUACUUUUGAUCUGUUUAUUUGUUCACAAUAACUUUUAGGCCUAUGUGUUGUUUCUCUCAGAUUUUAGUUCCUUCUAAGUGUGGUGAGCCAAGCAACUGCAUUUCAUAGCAAGUUUUUUUGAGGUAUUUUCAGAGGGCUAUACAUAUGUAUGUAUGUAGGUAUAUGGCUAUAUGAUCUGUUUGAGUCUCAGUUCUAGGUGACAAAAUGUAUACCAGGCCAUUUAGCAAUAUCUUUUCAAUCCUAGUUGCCUGGGAACCUUUGUAUUUGUUACCGCUUGCUGUGACAAACAACCUUCAUAUCCAUUAGUCAUGAAAAGUAAAUAGCUAACUUAACUCAGGCAAUAAAUCCAAAUAAUCAGUAAACGAAAGCAGGUGAUAAAUGUCAGCAAAACUGAUAUUAUAUUAGAUCCAAGUUACUGAGUAACACUAAUGUGCGAUGAAUAAGGUUCAGAGGUCUGAGGAGAACAGCUGACAUGAGACAAAUACACGAGCACUUAUUUUUAUCUCUUGUUUUUUAAAAGAUCUAGAAAUGAGGAAAAGUGCACUGCCUAACUCUUAAACAACCUGGAUUGUUAGUGAAAAUAUGAUCUACACCCCAGAAGCCAUUCAGCCACAGACUGGGUCUUCUGUGCCAUUUCCAUACCAGGUUUUUCUGUGCUCAUGGCUGGGGUUGGGGUAUUCAGCCACCACUUCUUGGGUCUCAUAGUUAACCAUUAUGUUGCUGUUUACAUCUUCAAAUACGUUCCAGUACACCUGAAAAUCUACUGGGCUUUUGCGUCUGAGUUGUUUGCUUUCAAAAGUACAACCCCAAAUUGCAUCUCUGCCUAAAACUGGCAGAAUGAAAAUGCAACCACAUUAGGCACGUGUGUAAACCUAACAGCUCUGUCUUCUUGGUGGUCUUCAUCUAUCACUUAAAUUCUCCUGACACCUGCUGUCCAGGAUGAAUUAUUUAUCAACGCCACAGAAUUUGGUCAGGAAAUUGUUAUAGUCAUCAGCUGAGCUCUCUGAGCCCUUCAUUAAAAUCCAAUGACUAAAUACUGUCUGUGCGUCCAUACACUGAGCUUUAUUCACUCAAUACUUUAUUAUAGUCUUUGUGCUAUUGCUUGUAGUAAUACAGAGUACCUGUAUCACAGAAUGAUUUAAGUUGGAAGGGAUCCUUAAAAACCAUCCCUUCCAACUCCCCUGCAACAAAUAGGGACAGCUCCAGCAGAUCAGGGUGCUCAGAGCCCCUUCCAGCUUGACCUUGAGUAUCUGCAGGGACAGGGCAUCCACCACCUCUCUGGGCAACCUGUUCCUCAUCACCCUUAAAUACUCUGGAUGGUGUCAGAGACUUUGCUUUGCUUGUUGUUUUUUACCAUUUUUUUUCACUGACAAAAUGACUGCUCAAAGUGAAAAAGCAUACUCAGCCUUUGUCCCUGUAGCUUUUCCCCAUUUAUAUUAUCUUUAAAACUGUUCUAGGACUUGCCUUUUUUGUCCCUACCAGUGCCUAUGAGAUAUAUCAGUACCUGCACAAGCAAACAGACUUUCUGGUCACAGUGUGAUCUGUAAGAAAGGUCUCCUGGCCCUCAGCCUGUGGCCUACCUGAUAUGGGAGCAAUGUGUAGGUCAAGGAUGCAGAAGGAGAGUGUUGGGUGGUGUACUUAACUUUUGUGCCCUUUCUUAUCCUCCUCAUUCAUUUCAGUCUCUUUCAUUGUGAAAUGGUUGCCUUAAAUGCCAGGCAUGAGCACAUGAGUGUGUCAGACUGGGUUCGUUUGAGUCUAUAUACAUGGAAAGCAUUGGACCACAGAAACAGGUGGAGUAGAAAAGCCAUGCCCAGCACAAUCCCUGCUGAAUUGUGUGUCUGAAACCGAAGGCAGAGAGAAAACUGUGACUACCCUACUGCCCAGGCUGUUGGUAGCUACUUGGACUUGGCUAUAGCAUGGCAUUCUACUGGCUUAUCAGGUGUCAUCAGUGUUCGUCUUAGCCCUCUCCAUCCUAUGCAUUCUCUUAAGUUUUUAACUUUCCAUAGAGGGGCCUGGACUUAUUUCCUGGCUUCCUGUAGUUAAGUUGCUUAAUUAAAGACAAACUUUAUAAGUCAUUUAGGAUUUAGCAUGGCAGCAAGCAACUUUCCUUGUCAAUAGCAUAGGCCAUUGGUUAGCAUUUCCUAGAGCUUAGUGAGCUGUAGAACUGUACCUUUUUUCACUCACAGUAAUAAUUUAGAGCAGG